AUGAAGACGGUGUCAGGAUUUGCUCUAAAGAUAUGGAGGAAACAUUGCCAGUGUUGUUCAUGUAUUCCUUUCUUGAGGAAAUACCUCCACGUUAAUGCUAAACCUAAGUCAGAGAAAAGUUUGCUUGAGAUUGAGUUAGAGAAACCUAGCCUCGGAAACUUCACCCUCGGGGAAUACACAGAGAAAAUCAUUCAGUAUGGGCUCAUGAUGUUGUUUGCUGCAUCUUUUCCCCUGGCACCAUUGUUGGCACUUCUUCUGAAUGCAAUUGAUAUGCGUAUAGAUGCAUGGAGAAUGUUAUGGUGGUAUCAGAGACCAAUGGCCAUCAUUGCUGAAGAUAUAGGUACAUGGUUUGUAAUAUUGACCUUUGUGAACUACGUGGGUGUGGUCUCCAAUGGUUUCCUGAUAGCAUUUACCUCAGAUUGGGGGAGCGGCUAUGACACAGCAGGCAAACUCUGGAUUGUCAUUGGUUUUGAGCAUAUUGUGUUCUCUUUGAAAUUUCUGAUAGCUUAUUUGAUCCCAGAUAUCCCACCCUCAGUUGCUCUUGCUAUGAGAAAGAAAAAGUAUCAGCUAAUGAAGAAGAUUGGUGAAGAUAAGUUGAAGGAUAAAGAUCAUUUCAAUGUGACCACUGCAUUACCACCAACGAAACCUGCGCCGCAGGAACUAGGUCCACUUAUUUUAUCAAGAGUUGAUGAUGAGGAUGGUGGCCCUAGAAUGAGAAGACAGACAAGUAACUUUGUAAAUGAAGAAGAUACAGAAGUUAGAAGAAUGAAGAAGAAAAAGAAGCACACAGAUAAGAAUUGGUACAACUAG